CUUUCAUCUGUGCACUGUAUCAAUCAAGCCACAAAUAAUAUCAAAUUUUCACAUUCCCACUGUUCCCUGACAAACCGUCAUUAUGGUUUUCUACCCUGAAGCACUUCAACAAAGUCUCGAAGAGGCAAUUCAGAAGCGGCGAGAUAUCCGCCGACUUUGGACUCUUCGCCCGCCUGAGUUUUACGAGAAUGGUGUCAAUUUUAUUUCAAAUGACUUUUUGUCUUUGAAUUCGGGAGUACACCGCGCAGAGGUCUUGAAAGAAAUUGAGCGGCACCCUAACUUCAAGGUCGGCGCUGCUGCUAGCCGAGUAGCAGAUGGAAGUUCGGAUUACACCUUCAAGCUCGAGCAGUACCUUGCAGAUUUCCACAACGCGGAGUCCUGUUUGUUAUUCAACUCUGGAUUUGAUGCCAAUGUUGCUAUCUUCAGCAUUCUUCCUCGUCCAACUGAUAUUAUCGUUCAUGACAGUGAAAUUCACGCCAGUGUCCACACCGGUAUGCGCGCUAGCCGUGCCUCGCUGAUCAAAUCUUUUGAACACAAUGAUCCCAAGUCGUUGAAGAAAGUCCUUCUUGGGAUUCUGGAAAACGAUUCCGCAGUUGCAAAGGGUGAUAGGACUAUUUUCGUUGCAAUUGAGUCCAUUUAUAGUAUGGACGGCGACAUCGCCCCAGCUGCCGAGAUUGUUCAGGUCGUCAAGGAGUGUCUUCCUUUGAAAAAUGCAGUGAUGGUGGUUGACGAGGCUCACUCAAAUGGCAUCAUGGGUCCUCGGGGAAGUGGGUUCAUUUGCCACCAUGGACUCGAAAGUGAGUUCGCUAUACGCUUGCAUACCUUUGGCAAAGGUAUCAAUGCUACUGGAGCCGCGGUUCUUUGCCCUCCAUUGUUCAAAGAGACUCUCGUCAAUUACGCACGUAAUUUCAUUUUCACAACCGGUCCAGCCUUUCUCACCAUGGCCACUGUCAAAGCGUCGUAUAAUGUUAUUAGCAGCGAUGAAGGAGAAGCGAGGCGGCAAAGGCUUCAAGCUCGAAUCCGCCAGUUCUAUGGUUCCCUUACCGAGCACCACCUCUGGGGAGCUGCUUGCAAGGCUGGCCGGGUGAGAGUACUCGCUGCUGAAACCUGGAAAAAUAUGGAAUUCAUCUCACCCAUCAUUCCUCUUCUGACAAAGCCUGGUCUUUCUCACAGUCUGGAAGAUAGACUUACCGGCUGUGGCUUCUUCUCACUCGAGGUCGGGUAUCCCGUGGUUGCGAAGGAAAAAGAGCGAGUGAGAGUAAUCAUCCACGCCGAUAACACUGAGACCGAGGUUGAUGGUCUUGUCGAUGCCGUGGUAAACUGGGCUGCGGAUCUUCCCAAUUGAGUCGACUUUGGACAUUAGGCAAUGUUUUCAGCUCUAAUUGAGACGUAUGACCUAAAGCUUCAAUACUUGAAGAAUUCCAUGAAAGAUACAUAUUCUUUCAAGGUUUAUUAUUGAGAUGUAGAGGAUUGGUCACAGAUGUAGAAGUUCCCCGCUGGAAGCAGCGGCAACUGGCUUGUAAAUAAAAUAGACAGCCUGGAAGAAUAGAAUGAUGGAGAAAUGCUCCAGACAAGGAGAAGGCAAAUCCUUGCAUCUAUAGGUACA